AUGCGUCUCGUGCGGACACGCUCUCGUGGACGCCAGAGACCGCCGUCUAUCAAACACGACGAUGCCCUCACCCGCCGCGUCGCCCUCUCACAGCCAGCAGCGCCGUUGCGGCCAGCAAACGUCGCUCCCGUUGCGUUGCCGCCACCCUCCGUCCUAGCCUGCCAAAUGUCCUGGACAUGCCGCGACAGCCCAGUCGACAUGGCGACGCUGCUCGGACAGCCAAUUGAUGCACAUGUCCAAGGACAUGAUCCGAGCACACCGACUCUGACUGCCGCCAUCUGCCUCCAAGAGGUUGCUAGCUCUACUCUAGCGCAAAUACGCCGUCUUCGAGAAGUCCUCGUGGAAAGUGAUGCGCUGCUGGCGCUGCUGACUAGCGAGGGCUGCAGGACUUAUGUUAUGGUGCCAUUAUUGCGAUUCAGGCAUUCCGAAUGUCCCGUAAUUCCAGCUUCUGUCAUACCCGAGAGGUUUGCUGCCCAAGAUCAGCACCCCUAG